AUGGAUAGCGAAAUACCAAUUCCACAGGGAUUGAGUAGUGAGGCGUGCAUAGGGGUGGCUGUUGUUCUAAGUGCAAUUGGAUUUUGUGGUUUUACGUUUAAUCUACUUGUUUUGAUAAUUAUUAUAAGUGAUUCCCAUCACCUCUGGACACCCGUAAAUGUUAUACUCUGGAAUUUGGCGUUGGGGGAUUUUUUGGUUGCCCUUCUUGGGAAUCCACUGGCCCUCGUGUCGGCGAUCAAGGGUGGAUGGUACUGGAGCCACAGCACGUGCCUAUGGUAUGCCUGGAUCAUGUCGACAUUGGGAUUUGCUAGCAUCGGAAAUCUCACGAUGAUGGCACUGGAAAGAUAUUUGUUUGUGGUCAGACCAAUGUUGAGUGUGAGCAUCAAAACUGCCAUGGCCUUGAGUGGUGUAGUGUGGGUGUAUGCUGUCAGUCUGAGUCUGCCUCCGUUCUUCGGAUGGGGCAGUUAUGGAUAUGAACCAGGAAAUGUAUCAUGCAGUGUCUCCUGGGAAGUGCACAAUCCCGCAACUCACAGUGAUACAUACAUUGCAUUCAUAUUCUUAUUUGCAAUGAUAGUCCCCGUUAUACUGAUAUCAGCGAGCUACUUCGGAAUAAUUUCGACAUUGAAGAAAGUUAAAAAACGCACAGGUGGCACACGCCGACGUGAAGUAAAAGUGACAAAAAUCGUAGCACUUAUGAUUAUAGCAUUUCUCGUAGCAUGGACACCAUACGCAAUACUAGCACUAGCAGCUCAAUAUUUCUACUUCCAGCCGUCAGCUUUGGUCGGUGUCCUACCGAGUCUACUUGCCAAAUCAUCGAUAUGUUAUAAUCCAAUUAUUUAUGCCGGUUUGAACGCCCAAUUUUCUCAGUCUGUUAAAAAAAUGCUGGGUAUCAAGGAGGUCAGGGGCAGCAGGAGUAAAGGAGCUGUCAGUAGUCAAACGACUGGAAUCGUUUUGACAACGAGAAUCGAGAGAAAUUAAAACUGUUAACGGUUGUUGAUUAAUAUAAUCCACGAGGACAUUAUCCUCGGUUCAACGAGAAUUUUUAUUAUUAUCCUCGCGUCGUCAAGCCUCAGAUGUGAUUUCGUUACAUCAUGAUAAAGAUUUAUUGCUGUUAAUAAAG